GCGCGGUUUUUGGCUUUGUUACGUAAUGUAGUUUCAAACGUUGUGUACAUUUGUCGAGCUGGACUCCGGGAGAACAUAAUGUGACAGUGAAUUCGGAUAGUUUUUCGGUUUCCCACCUUCAGCCUGAGAGAAGAAUCUAAACCGCCUCUUGGCCUCCAGCAGUCUGUCAUCAUGACUUCUUGACUUCACUCCUCACUAUGAGUGGUGUUGUGCUGGCCAUCGUGGUCGUAGUUGUGUUCUUCUUGGCCCUCUACCUCCUCCAGCGUUAUGGAGACUUAUGGAAGCAGCAGCGCUUGGUGCUGUUGGGGACGCUGCUGUCCUGGUACCUCUGCUUCCUCAUCGUCUUCAUCCUGCCACUUGAUGUCAGCACGACCAUCUACAAGCAGUGCGUUCAUGACAGUUCCAACCACACUGGCCCUGUAGCUGGAGUAAGACACAUCACUGAGGGCGGCUCGGUUCCUCAUUCAUCUCACAGUACCACAAAAGUGUGUGUGGAGCCCUGGAGUUACAUCCCGGAUGGUGUCCUGCCUGUGUUUUGGAGAGUGGUAUACUGGACGUCUCAGUUUCUUACAUGGCUGCUGCUGCCCUUCAUGCAGUCUUAUGCACGGUCGGGGGCUUUCUCCAUAGCUGGAAAGAUUAAAACAGCUCUAAUUGAAAAUGCAAUUUAUUAUGGCACAUACCUCCUUAUCUUCAUCUCUCUGCUCAUCUAUGUGUCUGCUCACUCACUGUGGAACCACACAUGGGCAGAGCUCCAAACCAUCGGUAUCACAGCUGCCAAUACCUGGGGCCUCUUCCUUCUGGUGCUGUUGCUGGGCUACGGCCUGGUGGAGAUCCCACGUUCCUACUGGCUCUCAUCUUCCCAUGUUUACUUGCUGGCCAAGACCUACUUCAAGGCAGCAAAAAUGGCAACAGAGAAAGCAGCAGCGGAGGAGAACCUCGCAGAUGUCAUGGACGAAGUGGCAGAUGUCCAUCAAUCAGUCAAGUACAACCACUCUCUCAGGAAGUGUGUGGACACCAUUCUGACAAAGUGUCCCAUUGAGUACCAAGAGGAGAUGGGAAGGAAUGUGGAAAACUCUCAUGGUGAACAGAAUGCGCUUCCCACCAAAAGAUCCUUAUUUAACCUUCAUAAAAAAGUAAUUUCUGCAGUGCAGAGACACAGACAGACUCAGGUUCAGUGGCUGAUUUUGUUCGAAGACGCGUUUCAUCUGGAGGAUGUUGCUAAAAGUAAGAGCAGUCCUCUCCGACACUUCACCCGCAGCUUCCCUUUAGCACACCACGGCUGGAUCCGCAGGUUCAUCUACACUCCUACUGUGGAGUGGUACUGGGAGUGUGUGUUCAGACAGGGUUUCUGCAGGGUGCUGGCUGUUCUCCUAUGUCUUCUGUCUGCAGCAGUGGUCUGGUCCGAAUGCACCUUCUUCAGCACACACCCAGUCCUCUCUCUGUUCGCUGUCUUUAUUCAGAUGGCUGAAAAACACUACAACUACGUUUGCAUCGAGAUGGCGUCCUUUGUCAUCAUCCUCUUCAUGUGCAUAUGCGUGUACUCCACAGUUUUCAGGAUACGAGUUUUCAACUACUACAACCUGGUUCCACAUCACCAGACUGAUGCUUAUAGCCUGCAGUUCAGUGGCAUGUUGUUUUGUCGUCUGACUCCUCCUUUGUGCCUUAACUUUCUGGGCCUGAUUCAUAUGGACUCUGCUGUCUCACACCAGGACAGAAUACAGACAUCCUACACCUCUAUUAUGGGCUCUAUGCGUCUGCUGUCUUUCAUAUCGGAUGGCUUCUACAUUUAUUAUCCAAUGCUGGUGCUGCUGCUCUGCUUUGCCACUUUUUACAAUCUGGGCUCUCGCUGUUUGAACCUCCUGGGCUUGUAUCAGUACAUUGCUGAUGAUGAAUUGGCCUCUGACCUGGUGGAUGAAGGCAGGGAACUCAUCAGAAGAGAGAGAAGGAGAAGACAGAGAGCUGAGGAAGGACAAAAUCGAAGAUGGGCCUGGAAGGAGAAGUAUGGAGUCCAGGGAGCCAAUGGGAGGACUAGAGCUGGUUACACUGAGUUAAAUGGUGAACGGACCAGUCCUGUAUUAGAGAACAAGAAAAAUGAUAUUACAUUCACAAGAAGCAAUGGAAAGACAGAGGAGGAACAGCAGGCCAGUUUACUCCAGGACUACUCCAGUGAUGACAGUUCACCAAACAGAAGAUCUGUAGGAGGACGUUACCUGUCUCUGUCACCUCCACUAAGAGGCAUCUUUGACGAUGUGUGACAGACCGAGGAUGUGGAGGGAAAGCAAAAAGCUAGUACACACUGGAAAUAAAAUGAAUUAUUUACAUUUCAGUUAUUUUCGAAAGAAGUCUGGAUCCAAAGGAUUUUCUCUCAGGAAAUUAAAGUAGAAUUUAUCUGAGACAUGCAUGUCUUAUCUAUUAAUGGAGGAUAAUGAAAACCACAGCAUUAAUAAAGUGUAUUUUACUGGUUUAUACAAAGAGCUCAGUAAUUGUAAUGUGAUGUUUCUCAUCCAAAGCCUUAACCUAUUGUGUAAAAUGAAAUUGACUACUGUACCUGAGAUAAAAUGAAACAGGCACACAAGGGAAAUAUAUUUGCAUCUGUUCUGUUUUAUAUUGAAAAUGUUGUGUAUGGACUGCAUGUGGCCUGUAUUUGUGAAAUGACAUGACUUGUAUGAACUGCAGUUUCCAGUCUCUUAUUUUCUGUAAGCAUUUCUAAAUGUAUGAUAAACAUAAUCCUUUUACAUAUUUAUUUCUAUCUUCAGUUGGACUGUGAAUGACCUCAUACAUGAAGAACCAGUAAACAUCCUCCACAUUAUAAUAUCUUUGUUGCAAUAUUUAAAGUAGUCUGAGUGAAUGUGAAAUAAUAUAUCCAUUUUCAAGA